UGUAUACAGAGGGUGUGUAGAUGGCGCAGAGCUUUACGGCGGAGGCUGGAGCUGGGAUUUCGGGGCACUCCCGGCUGAGUUGAGUGGAAGAUGGCGGCUGAGGAUCGGGAGAGGGACCAGGCCCGCAGUGACAACGCCAAACACAAGAGGAAGGAACAGCUGAAGCGCUGGCUGGGCUCCGAGACCGACCGCGAGUCGGAGCGUCCCCGCACCAAGCAGCUGCGGGUCAAGUUCGCCGAGGGGGCCGUGUUCCUGGCCGCCUGUUCCAGCGGGGACCAGGAGGAGGUGGAGAAGCUGCUGCAGCAAGGAGCUGACAUCAACUACACCAAUGUGGAUGGACUGACCGCCCUGCACCAGGCCUGCAUUGAUGAAAACCUGGACAUGGUCACUUUCCUGGUGGAGCAUGGAGCUAACAUUAAUCAGCCUGACAAUGAAGGCUGGACAGCAUUACAUGCUGCAGCCUCGUGUGGCUUCAUGGAAAUCACAGAGUACUUAAUUAAACAGCGGGCGAAUGUUGCAGCUGUGAAUAGUGAAGGGGAACUGCCAGUUGACAUUGCUCAGGGUGAAGCUAUGGAGAAACUGCUGAAAGAAGUCAUUAAGAAGCAAGGCAUUGACGUGGAGGUCGCCAGGAAGGAGGAAGAACAGCGAAUGGUCCAGGAUGCCAGACAAUGGUUAAAUCGAGGGAAAAUAGAGGAUAUUCGACAUCCCAAAACUGGAGCAAGUGCCCUUCAUGUUGCUGCAGCCAAAGGUUACUUGGAGGUUAUAAAGUUGUUGAUCCAGGCUGGCUUUGAUGUGAACAGCCUAGACAAUGAUGGUUGGACUCCGUUGCAUGCAGCGUCACACUGGGGAAAGGAGGAGGUGUGCAAACUUCUAGUGGAGAACCUAUGCAACAUGCAGGCCAUUAAUAAAGUGGGUCAAACAGCAUUUGAUGUAGCAGAUGAAAACCUCUUGGAAAUGCUGGAGGAGCUACAGAAGAAACAAGCUGUUAUGAAAUUGGAGAAGGAGAAACAAGCCAAGAUGGAGGCCUCCCUGAUUGAAUUGUCGAAUGCCUCACAGCAGCUUCCGUCCAGGACUAGGAGGACUUCUAUUUCCCGUAUGAGCAGCAAAGAUAAAAUCUCAAUGCAUGAGAAAGAACGCAAGACCUUAGAGUCUGUAAUGCUGGAGCAUGUCAAUGAUGAGGAAGACAGGAAGAAGUUGAAUGGCUCAAGUUCUGAGGAGGAGAUGCCGUAUGAAGCUAAAUCAGAAACUGAGAAAACAAAAGCCCGACUCAACAUGAACAACCUCAGCACCAAACUGAGCAUGGCUGACUCCAUCCUUUCAUCCUCCACUGCACCCAGUGGAACCAACAAGAGGAUCGUUGUAGGAUGCUGUGCAUGGUUUCCAUUUGCAGAUGUUCUAUUGUCUCCAUUUAAGUUUACAGGCCCUGCUGCCAAAAUGGCUGCACAGGAUGAGGAGAAGAAGGAGCAGCAAUCCCCUGCAGCAUGGCGUACUGCCCUCCGCAAAACGGGCAGCUACGGAGCCCUUAACAACUUGCAGCCGCCACGGGAGGAGCAGAAGGGAAAAGACGUGGGCAUUGUCCGAUCAGCAUCUAGUCCCAAACUUACUCUGGCUGAAACUAAGGAAAAGGAGAAGGAACCCCGAUUAGCCCGAGUACCGCCCACUCCAACAAGGAAGCUCUUCACCAUUGGAGAUGCUAAUGAAGAUAAAACUAGUGACUCCACAGUCCCUUUGUCCAGAAGUCCCUCUUACACACGACAGCGAGAGGAUGAUGCUGGCAAUCCAUUGACCAGCCCCACCCGGGCCUCAUCCUAUGUACGUAAGCAAACAGAGUUGGAGAGCAGCAAAAGGGAUAAAGACAUGAAUAACACGAUACCGAGUAGCACAGGCAACUCUACGGCUACAGUGUCUGGUUAUCCAAAAAGUCACUUCUUCCUGAGAAUGAUAGGCCGCAGUUAUAGCGCACAAGACUUCACAGCUCGUUCCAGAACACAGUCAAGUGCGGCCUCAAACCAUAAAGUUACUAACUCUGACUCUGCUUCUACCAACAUCGUCAUAUUUAAAAGCUCAUCCUUUGGGAGGAGGCAGGAAAGUCUUGUCAGCAGUUCAGCCCCUGGUUCUGUCACCACGAUUUCAAGCUCAGGUUUUUCCACCAAUCCUGCCAGUAGCCGGACCCUGACCACAGGCACCUCAGCAGCAUCUACAGCCACCAGUUUCAUAAGCCGCUCCCUGACUCAAAACCAAGCUGGAAACGGAACAGAGAAAGAAAGUAAUCCAACCACACAAAGCAAUGGCUCUGGCACAGAGACCCGUGAGAGACGCAGAUCCUACCUCACUCCAGUCCGUGAUGAGGAAGCUGAAGCGCAAAGAAAGGCACGCUCGCGACAUGCCCGCCAGUCUCGCAGAUCAACACAGGGUGUGACACUGACAGACCUGCAAGAGGCCGAGAAAACAAUUGGAUCAAGGCGGGAAAAGAAAACUGCAGACCAUGAGAAAGAUAAAGACAAAGAAAGAGAAAAAGAAGAAAAGGAGGCAGAAGCUAAAGAUGCAGCAUCCAAAUAUAGAUAUAGCAGGACCAGUCAAGAUGAGGAGAAGAACUGGCGGUCAAGAUUAGCCAACCUACAGAAAGCAGAUCUAUUGGGCCUCACCUCUACAGAUUCCAAUCGUUCCAGUGUUCCCACCUACACCUGCCACAAUGCUGUGGAGCCACUAGACAACAAAGAAUUGGAGAAAGCUAAAGAGGAGGAGAAGGAAUCAGAUGACUCGUCAUUCAAAAAAUCUGGUACCAGGGACCGGAGACGGCCAAGAGGGAAAAGAAGAUCAACAGGUGUGCAUUCCAUAUCACAAGAUGAUGACAAUGACCAGGAUAACUCUGGUGAUGAUGUGGUGGAGUCUGAGAAGAAGCAGAUUGAUUAUCUAAACAGGGGAUAUACCACAGGAAGCAAUCAAGGACAUCUUGCGAACAAAGAGGCGACUUCAUAUUUGGACACUGGCUUGCAACCUACUCAAAUAGAUCAAGCAGAGAUUGAGACUGAUAAAAGAGGCUACAGAAAACUGUAUGAAGAGCUUCAAAGAAAGAAUGUCCAGCUUCGAGAUCAACUGCAGGAAGUGCAGAUGCAGAUCGCACAGACAAAGCUGGAGCUAGAGAAGGCCACGCAGAUGCAAGAAAGAUUCGCAGACAGAACUGCCCACUUGGAGAUGGAGAAGAAAGAACGGAAGGCUUUAGAAAGAAGAAUCUCAGAACUUGAGGAGGAAUUGAAGGUUUUAACAGAUUUGAGAGCUGACAAUCAAAGACUGAAAGAUGAAAAUGGUGCACUGAUUCGUGUCAUCAGCAAACUUUCGAAGUAGUUGGCGUUCACUUCAACACUUGCACAAAGCUUUCUGGAGUGAUGGGACGUACUCUGCUGUUCUCUAUGUCUAGACGCUUGCUUCACCUUCUUUACUUGGAGGGAAUGCUAAUCAUGCCACGCCUAUUGCUGUUACAGCAGCACCUGAACUACUGCCCCCAGAUAGUUUUGAAAGGCAUGUUCAAUGAAGCCUAUUACCGAUGCUCAUAACUGGUACAUGUAUUGACACGCUGCUGAGGAACAGUGAGGAAUGAUUAUAAUGGGAGUCCAUGAUAAAUACAACUGUCCCACUCAGCACACAAGACCAAUCUACGCUCAUGUGACUUUGUUGAUGAGAUUACAAAACAGGCGCUUUGCUUUGCUCAUUGUUUGUGAGCAGUUGAAGAAAUAAAUGCUUCAUUGAUCGGAUUCAGAGCAAGGCAGAUCUGCUUGACUGACACUUUGUUUCGUGUUGUUUUAUAAGGGAAUGGAACAGAACAAGACUUAAAGCCAUGUUUUAAAAAAUUCCUCCAGUAUUUUUUGGAUCUUCCACAAAGAUCCCAUUCAUCAAAAGAUUCAUCUUAACUAAAGAUUCCUACUGAACGCACACAACUUAAUCUUCCUGGCAUGCAUGGUUGCGCGUUGAUGAAAUAGUCUGCAGAAGCGAACAAGAUGUUAACUGAGAAGAGGCGGUUAAGACACCCUCACCCACUUGUCAAGUGCCCUUUACCUAUCAAAAGUAUGACGCACUUAGAUUUGUGAUCCCAUCUAUUUGAUCAUUAGCCCUGCUGACUUCAGGAGAAGCAGCAAAGAAAGAAGCGAGAUGAGGUGAUAGCCUUUGAGGGUUACUUUUCAACAUGAGGGGUUGAACCCAGGCAACGUACGCAAUCGAGUGCAGUCUAAAAAUAGCUUGAACAUUAAAGUCAUUGUUUAGACUCUGCUAUGUGGGUUUUAAACUGCAAUAGCAUAAGAGCAGCAACGGUUGAAGGAAUCAUCCUAACAUGGAGAGAUUGCGAGAGAAGUGAUACUAUCACUGGAGCAGUAAGUGCUGCUGCUGCUAAUUGUCAAGGCUUGCCAUAUUUUUUGAGAGCAACGUAGGAAGGGUAAAAGGCUGCACCUACAUCAGUGCAGGUGAACGUUUCUCCAUGCAAGAGCUCAGAGUUUGAAUUGCACUAUAUUUUUCUGCCUACUCUCCAGUUGGUUUUAAUCCGUCCCCAUUCCUAAAACAAAAAAACUGCCCCCAAUUUUAAAAUCUCUCUUCUGCCCCUCUCUUGCCAAAAAUAAAUCUUCCCAGGUUUUUCCUGUAUCCUGUACCAAAAUAUAAGCAGUUCUAAACAAUCAGCACUUUCCACUUGCUUUGCCAAAAGAAACACAGAAUGAGCAAUAUAAACAAAGCAGUCAGAAUGUAAAGUAUCGUGGUACCAAAGAAGUAUGUGUGUUUACAACAGAUAGUGUAUAUUUUGCAGAUCCUUUUAUAAUACAGCCUUCCAUACUGGUGCUAAUUAAAAAGCCCUGAUUUGUGGUGCUCUUGAAGAACAAAUGUCUACAGUUUGAACUCUUGCAUUGCUCCACUUGUAGGACAGGGUAGGUUUCCAUAACCAUUUCCACUUCCCUCAGAAACCUCUCAAAUUUCUGUGGUUAUUAUUGAAGGCAUAAGAUAAUAAAAGCAUUAAUGGGGUAAUUAGCUCGUUAAUCUGCUUUUGGUGUUGACCAAAGAAAGAAUGCUAAUCAAGGCACCAAAGAGAAGUAUACUGCUCCUCUUUGAAUGAAUCUGGGAUUUUGAUCUCCACCAAUCCACCAGAAUAGAAGACUACGUACAUGGGUCAUCAUUUCAUGUCCAAGAUUGCUCCUUGUCACUGCAGUAGUCCCUCACUACUGUACUAGGCUGCCAGCCCACAUUCUGAAGUCCUGGAGUGGGCCUUCAAUCCUAGGCUUCCAGAUUUGGGCAACAAUGCGUCUGAUUGAAUGAAAGUAGAAAAACGUAAGCAAAAGACUUUUUUUAUCUGAAACGUGCAACUAUCUGUCAUACAAGUAUGGUGGCCUGUCACCCAUAUUAGUUUCUUCCUUCCACUAGGUGGUUUUCCUUAAUACUGGUGUCAGCCUUAUUCCUGCCAAAAAAUUACAACCUGACUGGUGCAGUGAUUUGAUGGAAAUGGUCAUGCAGUUCAAUCUAAAGAUUGAUAUUAAGUCUGAUUAAGAAUAUUGUUUCCUAAAUAAUUCCUUUUGAAGAUGCAUAAGCCACAGUUACGUCAUUACUAAACCCUAGAUGCAUUGCUCAGCUAGUAAAUCAUUUUAGUAAGUUAGCACAAGGGUUCCUGAGAACAAAUGUUUAGAUGCUUGCUGUUACUCUAUGCACUUUUAAAACCUGAAAACUUAAUUUGCAGUCACCUCACAUUCCCCUCAACUGAAUGGGACAUUCCAUGGUCUCUUUCUGAUGAGUAUCCAAACAAGUACUUGCUUCUAGGCUGAGGAAUUGCAAACAGCACAGGAACCAACUGAUCUGAAAUGUAGUGACCCAGCAAUAUUGUGACAGUUCUGUGAACUUGUCAAUUUGCUAGGUGUCUCGAAAGUAAAUUAUUAUCCCUUUGUUUUGGAAGACUGAGCAUUGCUGCCUCAAGAAAAUACCAGUACAUUUCCAUGAUCCAAAUGCUGACAAUUGUCCACUCAAGCCUUGUGGAUUUCCAUAAAGUCACCUACAACAUGUUGUUAUCCUUUGUCUGUUCCUUGGUUGGUGAUCUCACAGAAAGAUGGAAUGUUCGUUGUGUUCCUGAUAUACUGACAGAUUUCAGUGGCAAGAGAUUAGGGUCACAUACAAUACAAUACAAUACAAUACAGCACAGAAAUUUCAACCCACCAAGCCUACAUUGAUUCCUAAACCUUACUUACGCCCACUACCUAUUGCCCAUGUGCAGUUUCUGUCCUCCUAUUCACUUCCCAUUCACGUGUCUGUCAAGAUACAACUAAAAUGUCACUAAUAUGCCUGCUUCGACCACCUCCAUUGGCAGUGUGUUCCAGGCACCCAUCACCCUCUUUGUGAAAACUUUUCCCUGCGCUUUUUUCCUAAACUUACCCCUUCUCACCUCGAAUCUGUGCUCUCUCGUAGUUGACCAUUCCAUCCUGGGAUAAAGCUGCUGACCAUCCUACCCAUCUAUGCUUCUCAUAUUUUUCAGACCUCUUUCAGGUCACCCUUCAGCCUCCACCUUUCUAGUGAAAACAAUCCAAGUUUAUCCAACCUCUCCUCAUAUCUAAAACCCUCCAGACCAGGCAGCAUUCUGGUAAACCUUCUCUGCACCCAGAACUGCGAGAUCCAACGUUGAGGAGGUCUUUAGGUUAGUACAGCAAGUUACUUCUUUUCAACAUGUACACUUAUACAUAUUAAGAUCAAAAAGAAUUGGAACAGCCAGAAUCUGUAAAGUUACAUUCAGGAAGUAGUUCAGUGAAAGAUAGAAUGGAUGAUUAUUGUGUGGCACAUCUAGGAACAGCAGAGGGGAAUUGAACCACUCAAUAUCUCAGCUUUUUUUGAGUCCAUAUGAAGGAGCAAAUUCCAGAGUUAGUUUAUGAUGGUUUAAGCACAUCAGUUACAUUAGCAAUGAUCUUGCUGGUCUUCUAUUUAUUCUGGUGAGAGGAUGACUGCACUUAUGUACUUGCCAAUUAUUGAAAUGAAACAGCAAAAAUUUCAGUUAGGGUGCUCUGCAAGAAUGAAAUGCCUAAGAAUGAGAAGAAAGUAUUUAUUCCCACAUCUGUUCAUGCAUACCUCUUGGUGCUUACUUCUUUAUAGCUAUUGUCCUCUUGAAGUUGAAAGCAGAGUAUAGGUUUGUAUAUUUAGGAAAAGGGAGUAGGAAUGGGGCAGGGGCUUCCUUCAUGCUGUGUACCCAAUGGGUGAACACAGUGCACGUGCUCGAUCACUUGUGCAAUAAUGCUGAGUUUGAUCUUUUAUGCAAUAAUGUAUAAGUUACUUUUCUAUAUGCUUGCCAACAAAUUGCACAAUGUCUUAUUGUAUAAAAGUCACAGAUGUAUUUGAAAUGAGUUCUAUAUAUUUCACCUUCCUUUCAAAUGUAAACUUUAUAUUCUUGUACAUUUGUAUGUUAAUAUUUAAAAGAAAAUUGUUGCUCACCAAUUCACACCAACCACUGGUUAAAAUUUGAUUUGCUCUUGGUAAAUAUGAAGUGAGACAAGCUUCAGCUAUAAUGUGUCGUCGUGAUUUCUUCUGUUUCCCAGAGCUGUUGUGCUUUCUGGCUUUGCCGUCAGAUUUGUUUUGAUUCACCCUUCAGUUUUGCACACAGCCUUCACUCUCAGGCAUCUGAAUUCUCUUGCUCAAUUCUUGUUAAGACACAGUGUCACUGUCUUCACCAGAAUUCCCCCUCAGAACUGGGUCUCCGUUUAGGAUUUAGGCCUUCCUUCCAGUUCUAACUUUCAUUCAUAGAGUUCCUCUGAGAAAAAGUGUUUUGAAUUUCCAGUUUAUGCUGAACACUAAAAUUUAAUGUAUAAUAGUACUUCUUUCUUAUUAGCACAACCAAAAACAUGCUGCAAAAACAUAGUUUACAUUGUCAUUUUAAGAGAACAUUCAGUUCUCCCAGGACCUCUCCAAGAUGAUUUUUAAGUCUCACAGAGAUUCUUCCUGUACUGCAGGCUGUACAAAUCUUCCUAUGAUCUCCCACCUGCAUUGCGAUGAGAUGCAUUGCCUUGCUGCAUCUCCCAGAUCCUCUCAGACUAGCUUUGAGAGUUUCCAGGGUUAAUUUAGACUCUUCCUCUUAGCCUGUCUCCAUGGCAGUAUGAAAUAAAUGGGCCUUGCAUCCUGGUGGAAAUGCUGAUUAGCUAUCCUUGAGACUUGAACUUUUUUUUGCAGUAAAUGGACAGCUUAGAGCACAGAUGUUUAUAACCUGACUUUCUUCACACUUUUCAGGGACUUUGGAGACUAAUUUUGUCCACUCUUUGUACACAAUCUGUGGUCAUUGUCUCUCAGUGUAAGCACCUUGCCCCUUCUUCUCAGUAAAAGAUCUGGGCCCUGUUUAAUCUCUCACAUUCAAACCAUCCAGGCUUCCUGUCAGGCAGACACCAGAUUGAUUCAGUUAACCCAGUCAAUUUAUUUUGAAGAGAAGAGACAGUCCAAAAACCAUAAUCUUAUAAUUCUAACACAGGGCAUUGCCUCUGAGAUGGCUGGUAUGAAAAGUAGAUAUGUCAGAAGUCUUUAUUGUGAGAGGGGAGAAGGUCGCACUUUCAAAAAAAAAAGUUAAUUAUGGUAUUGUUGAGAAAUUAUCUUGUGUUUUUCUAGGAAUAGAUAAUAUUGAUAUUGGGUGUAAAAGUGAAAAUAUAUUUAGAUCUCAGCACUGCCAUCCCUCAUAUUGAUGAGCACAAUAUGCACCAAAAAUAAAAAUAUAUAUUUUACAAAAAAAAUGGAACAGACUUAUGUCAUGUCCUACUGCCUGUCUUGCUGCUCCUACACCCUCUCCCCCGUCUGUACUUUGAAUUUACAUUUUUCUAGUUUCAUAUCUGAAGGGAUAUUUGCAGUACAGGAUUCAUUGUUAACAAGCAUGUCCUUUAGGGAUCCUAUGCUGUUAUCGAGUGGAGUCCACCUAGAAUAUAGGAAAGGUGUUGAUUUGCUUGACGGAAGCAAGAUGUGUGGGUUCUUCCUAA